UGCAGAGUAGUUACCACCAGACUGGAGUACUGCAAUGUGGAAAAUGUUCGGAGCUACGUGGAGUCGUGUAACCCAGCGUGGUUGAGGCCUCCAGGAAGGCAAAUGGAGGCUCUCUCUGCUACGAAGAUUCACCAGGCACUGGCUAAUGAAACGCACAUCAUGGUGGCUGUGGACCGAUUCAGAUUGCUGCGACACCGGAUUCUCCGCUGUUGGGGACCGUACUGCCGAUGGCUGUCUGCUGUAAACCUGAUGUAUGAAGAUAUCCCAAGACAGUGUCUCAGUCUCAUCGCCGAAAAGGCCUGGGAGCAAGGACACGUAUGGGUGCCCAUUUUCAUUGACCCUCACAACUUCAGAACAGUAGGAGUUUUGAGCUAUCUUCGCGAGAAGAGAGGAAAUGGCAGCAAUAGCAGCAGCAGCCCCUGUCGUGCCACUGACGUUGCAGAUGGGUGCACCACACCCCUGCCAGAGGAUCAGGUGGGGUCUCCAGCAGGCUCCAGUGGCUGUGGGCAAGCAGCGAAGUGGCAUGAGCACUGGCUGGAUAGCGACGAGGGCACCAGGUCUGCUGCUAUGGAGUACAAGAAGGGAGCACUCACUGCAGAAUUUGGAGGAUCGUACAAGAAGCGUGUGCUGGCCCUGGUCCUCCUCCGCUGCCUGAGGCGUGGGCUUCUCUUCCAGUUGUCUCCCAACAAUCGCGAUGCAGGCAAGUUCGGCGAUGUGGUGCUGGUGUGGCGACGCGAGGAACAUUCUGAGGUGCACGCCCUGCUCGUCCAGGUCAGACGCAUAACCGCUAGGAGGAUGACCAUCGCCAGGCGCAUGUGGCUGACCCAGACUUCCGGCGGUUACUUCAGUCUCAGCAAGUACUGCACCUCCUACAGAAAAAUUAACAAGUCACUGGUGAACGGCAGAGUCACAUGCGUCUUGCUGACGAACAUCUGCCUCGAUGACAGUAGCCUCAGCUUGUUUCAGCGCCAGGAUGUGGGCAGUGUCCCAGGUCUGGAGCUGCUAGAGGCUGGUGGUGACCUGUACAAGCUCAACCCUAAAAACGAACGGGUGUGGAAGGCAGUCCAUGAGGACAUAAGCUUUGUGGAGAAUUUCUACCUAUUGUGUAAUCAGAGGGAUUAUGUGAAAAUAUUGGGCGACAUUUACAGAGAGCUGGAACAUUUGUUGGGCGCAGGUAACCUGUGAGGAUCCAUCUGGUAAGAUAUGUGUGAUGACCUCAUGUCUUGGAUGUACAAAUAGUGUGUGUGUUUGACGAGUGGCUGGAGCAAUUGUUGGACACUUGUAGUUGAAUACACCAGGAAAGAGACUGAGUGAAGAAUGGUGACCACCAGACGUGAGUAUUGCAGUGUGGCUGUUGUUUCGGGUUAAAUAGAGUUCUGUAACUCAGCAAAGAUGAAGCCUCCAGAAAUGGGAACGGUGGUUCUCUCUGCUACUGACUCACCAAAGACUGGCUCACAAAACGCACACCUUGGUAGCUAUGGACAGGUUCUUCGCUGCUGGGUAUGAAAGAGUUAAUUUUUUGAAUUGUACAAAUUUUUUUAUGUGAUCUCAGAAAAUAUUUUGCAUCAUUAAGUACAAUUAGGCACCAUUGGCCACCAUCAAAACAAUUGAAAUCAGCAUCAGAUGCUAACCCAGAAAUGCUUUGUUGUAGCAAAUGCAUAUACUGCUGAGCCAAAACAUAAUUACCAUGUGCUUAAUAGCGUGUUCCUCCACUAUUGGAACGCAAUACAGCUGCGAAUGUGCUUGACAUGCGUUCGAUAAUUGUUUGGUAGUUUUCCAGACUAUGUGGCUGAAGGAAAGUUUCAGAGAGAACAUCGCGAAACACUGGACUGUAACAGGUGAAAGGAAUACGAUUGAAGUUGGAUGCAUAGCUUUCAGAGAUGAAAUAGUAAAGGCAGCACACGAUCACAUAGGUAAAAAAGCAAGACCUAGUAGAAGUCCCUGAAUAACUGAGUUUAAAUGAUGAAAGGAGAAAAUAUAAAAAUGCAGCAAGAGAAUACAAAUGUAUAAAAUAUGAAUUGACAGAAAGUGCAGAACAGGUAAGCAGGAAUGGUAUGCAGAACUAGGGGACGGAUGAGACCUCUGAAGAAAAUAGAAGCGACUGUGUGAAUAUCAAGAGUUUUGCAGGUACUAAGCA